AUGAUAUUCCCCACUCCCUUCCUAGCAUUCCUCCCCCUCCUCAUCUCCCUCACCACCGCCCUCCCCACUAACCUUCACCACCCCCUCCACGCCCGCGACACCUCCCUCGCCGCCGCAGAAACAUGGCACAUCACCCGCCUAGACAUGCACAUGAUGACCACCAGCACCGGCAUCCCCGGCAACGGCCCUUGGCCCGAAGGCUCAAAGUUCGAUUCCACGAUCGACUUCGACGUGCUGGUGCCAGAGAAAGCCCCACUACCAGCGUCGAAGUGGAACUGCAAGGGUACGAUGAAGAAUGGGACUAUUAUUGAGGAUGUUGUGGGCUGUGUGGAUGAGAAGGGGAAUGUGGGUGAUGUGUCGUUUGGGAUGACGGGGUAUGAGGCGGUGGGGGAGAGGAGGGCCGAGUUGAGUUUUUGGUUGUGGGUUUAUAGGGUUGGCGAUGGUCGCGCUACCAUACUUGACGGCGCAACGGCGAUCACCGCGAACGACCCACAGGAACCGACUAGCUACCUUACGUGCCUUCUUGGCAGACCCUUUGAUGGGCUGAGAUGCCAGAUUGGGAGUUAUCUUAGUGUGAGGAAGGAGCUUGUUGUUGAAGGGUCGGAGGUGCGUUGA